AUGAUGCCAAGAAAGAGAUGGAGCUGGCAGCCAAAUAUGGGAGUCUUUGUCCCCAAGUUUCCAACACAAGAGGCCUAUAUAAGCGGCCCCAUCCCCAUUCCCCUCCCCUCUCCUUUAGACACCACAAAUUCACUCAAAAUGAAGGAGUGCAGCAAGGAAACGAGAAGAGCAAGAAGGCGAGGAGAGGCAGCGGCGAAGCGGGGGAAAACAGCCACGAACCGAGAGGAUUCACCGAGUGAGGAUAAAAUGCUCAAAGGGCAAGUGAGGUCAAAGCGAAUAAUUGAAUUGAAGAAUAAGCAUAUCAGGUUGAACGUCAAGAGGAUGGAGUGAUGAUCGGAGUCGAUGUUAUCAAGUUGAUCUCCCAACGAUUCGUGUCUUCAUACACGAAGUCGUUUAGCAAGGACUUAUUCCGC